AUGCUGCACAAGGCCGACCGGCACCUCGUCUAUCCCGACGGAGGCAUCGACGAGCUACGCCGCCGUGACCCGAUGCUCGUCGCAGAGGAGCGUGAGAGGCAGCGCCGCAGCCGGGGCCGAGGAGGUCGAGCCGGGCCCUCCAGUGCUGGCACGGGCCGGCCAGGUGGCAGCACCAGAGGCGAUCCAGGCAGCAGGAAUGACGACAACGACGGCGACGUCGAGAACGACGACGACGACGACGAGGACGAAGACGAAGACGAAGAAGCGGCAGCCGCGAGGGCACAGGCGCAGGCAGGCGGCAAGGCGCUCGACGGCCCGCCCGACGCCACCAUCGCCGGCCUCAAUAUCCAGCUCAACACGCCCGAGCUCAUCGCCGAGUGGGUCAACCAGCGCAAGAAGCGAUGGCCCACCCGGCAAAACGUUGAGCAGAAGCUCAAAGAGGCAGAGGAGCGCCGCAGACGCAGCGAGCAGAUCUACGGCGAGAGGGGAGCGGGACGCAAGCGGAUGCGAGGACCGGAUCUCGACCGGCAAGCAGGCCUUGCUGCCGUGCCCUCCCAGCUCGACGACGGGCGAGAUCCCAAGAAGACCAGGGUCGAGACCAGUCUCGGAGCCACCGAGACGACCUCGCCCGCAACAGCGCCAACAUCACGGUCUCUCAUCGGAAUCGAGCGUGCGGAUCGGGACGCGCCCGACAUGGUCGACCAAGGGCGAGGCAACGGCGGCGAAGACAACGAGGACGACGGCGACGACGACGACGACUCGGGACCACCAUCAGAAGCGGGUGUGCGGCCCGAUGCCGGUGCAGGAGCCGCCUCGUCGUCGGACUCGAGCAGCAACUCGUCCAGCGACGGAGACAGUGACAGCGAUGGCGACAGCGACAGCGACUCGGACGCCGCACCGCGGGAGAUGUCAUCCAAAGUGGCCGCCCCGUCGGUGCCAGAGGAUGCAAGGCAAGACACGCGGCCCAUCUGCAGGCAUUGGCUUCAGGGACGCUGCUCGUACGGCGACCGAUGCCGCAAACGGCACGAGCAGCCCGAUGCUGCCUCUCGCGGCGGGGCAGGCGGCUCGACCAACGUAGCCGCAGCCUCGGGCAAGCCGCAACGGCGCCCACAGCCGCGUGCACCGCCGCCCAACCCAUUUGCCCAGCCCGACCUGCUGCACCAGCUGCUGCGCAACGAGAUCGCCAAGCACGUCGACGCCGUCGCCCAGGCGAUCCGGUUCGUCGUCGACAACGACAUGCUCAUCCACGUCGAGAGCCAAGAGGGCCUCGCCGACGAGCAGCGGCGCCGGCGUGGGCUCGUCGAGGUCAUCGACACCAGCGCAGACGCCGCCGUCACUGCCGACGGAGGCGAAGAGCCGGCACGGAAAGAGGUAGAAGGCGGCGGGCAAGCUCUAGAGACGCCCAAGCUGGCGCAGCCGCUGCUCGAGGGCGGUCUGCCGGUGUUGGCGGCCACCAACGUCGAAGCGGCCAGCUCCGAAGAGGCGCCGUCGGGAUCGACGCUGUACCGUCCCUCGUCUCCGCUGCUGCGUCCGCUGUCGGCGCUCAAGUAUCCGCCGGAGCCGGAUCCUCUGAUCUUCCUCGACCCGCUUCGUCGAGACGAUCCGAAGCCGCUGCUCCCCUCGCAGCUGGUCAGCAUCGCCACGGAUCCGGCAAUCCGCAGCAUCCUCACCCCGACCUCGCCGCUGUUCCCGGCGGGCGAGAAGCGAAAGGGGCUGGAGCGGGCGCUCAUCUCGCUCGACGCGCUCCCCAGCGACGCCUACCGCAACGCGGCCAUCGAGAUGAUCCUGGGCGUCAGCGACCAGACGCCGGCUUGGGCGCACGAGGCCUACUCGCGCACCGCUCCGCGCCACGGCGGGCUGAGCUCGAGCGUGAGCGUGGGCGGGAGAAAAGUGACCGAGUCGGACCUGUUUCGACUCGGGCUGAGGGUCGGCCAUGAGGAGGUGGGCCAGCUCCGGGCCCUGGCCGACUGCAUCAGCCGCAUCGUCCAGGGUCCCGAGGCCGACGAAACGCUCGACGCCGACCUCGUCCACGGCAUCGACGGACCCGAAAUGGCGCUUCUCACCCCGCAGCAGAGGGACGAGGCCCGGAGACGGUACUGGCAAAAGGAGGGCGAGCGCGAGGACAGGCUGCGGAAGCUCGGCAUCGACAUCUAG